UUCCUGCCGGGUCUUGCGGCCGCCAUCUUUCUCUCUGGUCUGUGGGAGCAGAAGUCACCGACAUGUUGUCAGUUCGCGUCGCAGCGGCGGUUGCCCGCAACCUUCCUCGUAGGGUUGGAUUUGUAUCAAAGAACGUUGCUGCAGCAUGUGUAGGAGCCAAGAAUCUACACACCAGCCGCCCAUGGCUCCAGAAGACAGGCACAGCGGAGGUGUCGUCCAUUCUGGAGGAGAAGAUCCUGGGAGCUGACACCAGUGCUGAUUUGGAGGAGACUGGUCGUGUGCUGUCCAUUGGCGAUGGUAUUGCCAGAGUGUAUGGUCUUAGGAAUGUGCAGGCUGAGGAAAUGGUGGAGUUCUCCUCUGGUCUGAAGGGUAUGUCACUGAACUUGGAGCCUGACAACGUUGGUGUUGUCGUGUUUGGUAAUGACAAGCUGAUCAAAGAGGGCGACAUUGUCAAAAGAACAGGUGCUAUUGUGGAUGUGCCUGUUGGUGAAGAGCUCCUGGGCAGAGUUGUUGAUGCUCUGGGAAACGCCAUUGAUGGAAAGGGUCCUCUUGGCGCCAAGAUCCGCAGGCGCGUGGGUCUGAAGGCCCCGGGUAUCAUCCCCCGCAUCUCUGUGAGGGAGCCCAUGCAGACUGGCAUCAAAGCUGUGGACAGUUUGGUACCCAUCGGUCGUGGUCAGCGUGAGCUGAUUAUUGGAGACAGGCAGACUGGUAAAACUGCAAUUGCCAUCGACACAAUCAUCAACCAGAAACGCUUCAAUGAAGGAACCGAUGAAAAGAAGAAGCUGUACUGCAUCUACGUCGCUAUCGGCCAGAAGAGAUCCACAGUGGCUCAGCUGGUGAAGAGGCUGACUGAUGCCGAUGCCAUGAAGUACACCAUCGUGGUGUCUGCUACUGCCUCUGAUGCUGCUCCGCUGCAAUAUCUGGCUCCAUACUCUGGCUGCUCCAUGGGGGAGUAUUUCAGAGACAAUGGCAAGCACGCCCUGAUCAUCUACGAUGACCUCUCCAAGCAGGCUGUUGCCUACCGUCAGAUGUCCCUGCUGCUUCGUCGUCCCCCGGGCCGCGAGGCUUACCCAGGAGACGUCUUCUACUUGCAUUCCCGUCUGCUGGAGAGAGCUGCUAAGAUGAAUGACAACUUUGGUGGCGGCUCGCUCACCGCCCUUCCCGUCAUUGAGACACAGGCUGGCGACGUGUCAGCCUACAUUCCAACUAAUGUCAUCUCCAUCACCGACGGACAGAUCUUCUUGGAGACUGAGCUUUUCUACAAGGGUAUUCGUCCAGCCAUCAACGUUGGUUUGUCUGUGUCACGUGUUGGAUCUGCUGCCCAGACCAGGGCUAUGAAGCAGGUGGCUGGUACCAUGAAACUUGAGCUGGCUCAGUACCGUGAGGUUGCUGCCUUUGCUCAGUUUGGUUCUGAUUUGGAUGCCGCCACUCAACAGCUGCUGAAUCGUGGCGUUCGUUUGACCGAGCUCCUUAAACAGGGCCAGUACUGUCCGAUGGCCAUCGAAGAGCAGGUAACGGUCAUUUAUGCCGGUGUGAGGGGUCACUUGGACAAAAUGGAGCCAAGCAAGAUCACUAGGUUUGAGAAAGCAUUCCUGCAGCACAUAUUGAGCCAACACCAGGACCUGCUGGCAAGUAUUAGGGCUGAUGGAAAAAUCUCUGAGGCAUCCGAUGCUAAACUCAAGCAGAUUGUGUUGACUUUCCUCUCCAGUUUUGAGUAAGAUAAUGCUAUUUGGGCUGGUUGUUUGUUUGCAUUGUGCAACAUUAGUUAUACGUUCUAUGGACUUCAAAAAUAUUGAUCUUUAAUGUACAGAUAUCUCUUAAUGGACAAUUAAAAUAUUCCAUCUAA